UGGCAUCAAUAGAGGGCGCUGCAAAACUAUGUCAAGCUAAGGUCACUCAAGCAAUGGGGAAGUACCGAAAUUUUCCAACGUUACAACACGAACUUUGUUAGAAAAAUAGAACAACGGAAUCGUUUCGUCACUUCUGCUGCUCACCCUUGGAUUCAGAAAGGUGCAAGGAAAACCCCGUGUCGUUAUCAGUAUGACGGAUAGAAAAGCUCGGGUACAAGAAGACGAAUGUAUGCAGAGCACAGAGAGCUCAGGAGCUAGCUUGAGUUUGGAUAAUUUAGAGCCAGGCAUAUUGAGGACGGCAUCAAACACGGAAUCUAGCAAGCCAAGCACGAGUGCCAAAGGUGGUCUCGAUAUGAGUGUUUUGGAUUCGUUUUUAAUCGGUGACAAUGACGCUCCGGCCGACCCAUAUUUGGAGAUCGUCGAGCAGCCCAAGCAGAAAGACCUGCGGUUCCGCUACGAGUGCGAGGGACGGUCCGCGGGCAGCUUACUGGGUGUCAAAACCACCAGUGACAGGAAGACGUACCCUACUGUCAAGAUAAAGAACUACACAGGCAAAGCCAAGAUUGUUGCGUGUCUCGUGACGAGGCAAACCCCUCACCAGCUACAUCCUAACGGCCUGGUGGGGAAACUGUGCAAGAAUGGCAUCUGCUCCAUCUCGACUGAUAUCAACCAAAGAAUGACUGCCAGUUUUCCCAAUCUAGGAAUCCAGUGUGCUAAGAAGAAAGACAUCCAGAACGCCGUACAGGGCCGACAGGAACUUGGCGUGGAUCCGUUCAACCAGGCAGCGGCCAGGGCCCACUCCCAGCAACCUGACUACGAGAUGAACGUAGUCCGUCUGUGCUUUCAAGCUUUCCUGCCCGACCCCCACAAUCCUACACAAUUCACCAUAGCCUUACAGCCACAGGUUUCGGUUCCAAUCUAUGACAAAAAGGGAGCGUCAUUGAACAUAUCGAGAGUAGAUCGGAAUCAUGGAACAGUAAGCGGUGGUGACGAGAUGUUUAUUCUGUGCGAUAAAGUCCAAAAAGAUGAUAUUGAAGUUGUCUUUUUCGAUGACGAAAAAUGGGAAAUCAAUGCAAAUUUUGGACCUAGCGACAUUCAUAGACAGGUAGCAAUAGUGUGCAAAACGCCUCCUUACAAGACUAAAAACAUCCAGCAACCCGUCACCGUCCAAUUCAAAUUGAGAAGAAAAAGUGACAGAGAAACUAGUGAUCCCAUGGACUUUAUCUUCAAACCUAUUGAUUUAGAUGCUGAUGGAGUGAUAGCAAAAAGACGGAAAAAGUCACCACAUUUCUCAAAAUUCUUUAUAGAAGAUCCUUUGGUAAAACAGGAACCCGGUGAAGCGAGUAUGCUUCAACAUCGACAGCAACAGCAGCAACAGUUUCAGCAAAUAGGGUCCUCCAAUGUUGCGACAGCAUCCACAGACCCAGACGUGAGACAAAAAUUACGCAGCAAAAUUGAGCAAAAUUCAAAACAACCAAAUGUGAAAGUUUUCAACCCAGAUCCGUCUCUGGAUGCCAGACAGCCGACCAGGGAGUUUGCCCGUGCAGUCCGUAGAGCCCCGUCAGACAACAACCCAAGAAUCGCCAAGUUCUCCCCGGACUCCUCAACGUUCAGCUACAGCGACAGAUCCAACAUGUCCUUUGGAACCGUGAUUCAGCGCGAUUCAACGGCUGCCGGCGCCGCGGCUACGACAACGGGGACACCGUUCGCCAUGCCCCAACCCCAAGUCCCGAUGGCCAAUUGUAGCACGGCGCUGCUAUUCCAGGACCUUCCCAUGGAACCCAACAGCCAAAUGGCGACAUACCAGCUUCCGGUGCAGCCCAGUCCUGCAAUGGCCGACAUGGCUUCAACGUCAAACUUUGGCGAAAAUGCUGCCGCACAAGUAUUUCCCCCAGACUCUACUGGUACGGAAGAGACUGAGUCCUUCUUAACCAACGAUGAUGAAACAUUGUUACAAUAUGUGCAGGGUGAUUUUUUGCAGGAGGAAAAUUUGGCAGCACUUCUUGCUGGACAAGACAUACACAUAGAGAACCUGGUUCCCCCUGUGAAUUUAGAGGAACUUACUACUCUGGAGGAUUUUGAUCCACGGACGCUGUCUCUCAGAAACGAUAUGUCGGAUGGAAUGGACACUGAUUUUGCUGUGGAGAACGUUAACGACUCGGUCUCCAUACCGUACAGUCAUAGUGUGGAGUUGGAACAUGACCCCUCACUCUCUUAAUCUUCAUGUAAAUUGUGACCAGAAUGGAUAGCAAGGUACGUCUGGGGAUUUCAGUUUUUGCAUUUAAGUUUGUCAUAUGUCAUAGUACUUGUUGUAGUAAUAUACAUGUUUAUAUGUGUACUUCUGAGUACUGCAUGCCUAGAUCUGAUCAAAAUUAUGAAGUGUAGUUAGUAAUAUUGUAAGUUGCAUUAUGAAUGCAUAAAGUUCAACUAUAUCUUAUUUUAGUCCAUGGCAUUUGGUUUAAUGCCAGUGAGUAGCUCAAAAUAAACAUUAUUUUUUAUGUAAAAAGAAUGUAGAAUUUUUUUUUUUUUCAACCUUGCAAACUCUGAGACAGCUGAAAAUAAGUUUAAGUGGUAACUAAGUUCUGCAAGAACAUUGUUAGUACAGUAAGUACAUGUACGAUACUUGUAAAUUCAAAUGCAUUUUGAAAUGCAAAGUUCUGUUGUUUGUAUUAAACAUUAACUGAAGGGCCUUCUCACACAGUCUACAAUCUGCGUGUUGGACUCGGUUCUAGCACAGAGAACCUCUUUCACACUACAUGUACUAAGAAUCCAACACGGCUUCUACGCGGGUCAAGCAUUCUACCCGGGUUAAGUCCAACCCUGAUCAGGGUCGAGAGGUUCAAUGCAGGGAGAAAAUCCUAAAUCUACAUUUUGUACAUCCGACCCGUGUGUACACUGUUGUAGUAUGAAUGGUAUGCCUUGCCUACCCGUGUUCGGUGUGAACCAGUGGCUGCCUUUUUGGCGACGUCAAAAUUGGGAUUCAUUUGGGGGGUCGAUGGCCCCAUUGCACCCCCCCCCCACCCCUCGGAUCCGGCGUUGGGGGAGUAAGUGUGAAAGGCCUUCACAGACCUGUCCUUAACAAGCAAUUCUUUUUAAUAAUGGAAAAAAAAUUCAGUCAUACUGAAACGUAAGAGUUUGUAAAAUGCUUUGCAGAAUAGGACCUAACCAACUGCCACUUUCUUGUACUGCAUGGUCGGACAACAAGUACAUUUUGUCUGAUUGUAUUUACUAAAGCAAUGCUUAUCACUUUGUGGUUUUUUGUUUUGUUUUUCAGCUCCUUAAAGAAAUAAUAGUGGCUUUUCCUAGACAGUGUAUCACGCUUUUGAAGGUGAAAGUUUUAUGACAAAAGUUAUAUUCUCCUACUUUUCUCCAAAUAAUUGAAACGUGACUUGAAAGGCAUAGGAUCGUUUGCAUUAUC